AUGGAAACGAAAACAACACUUGAAAAGGGGAACAAUUAUGGAUACGAUGCAGUACAAUUGCAACUCGUUCCCCUUGUUCGAAACCUUCGAAACCUUUCGGUCUUUCAUUCAACGACGAUACCUUUCGGCAAUCCUAUCUUUCGACUCUUGACCGCGAAGAGCCAGUUUAAUCCGAUUCAAACACGUACGGGUCGACCAUCAUCGUAUAACAACCUUCCAUACAAUUCACUGGAUGAACCCUAUCACAUCGACGUGCCCGGAAAACAACCCCGUCGCGUCGUAUCAAAAACUCGGGGAAAGCCAACACCCCAUGACCUGGCGGAACGUCCGCGAACCUGGAGGGCCGAUUACUCGAGCCCAUCGAAUACACGAUUCUCGAAAUGGCUUGGCGAGAAACUUGCAGCCGUCGCUGUUGCUCGAGAAAACGCAGUAUUCCGCAGGAAAUCCGGUCAGAAGCGGAUUCAAGCGAACCCUUGCCUUGGGUAUCCGGGCUCGAAAAAAGCUGUUUACCUGUGCGACCUGCGUCAGCCUUCUUCCGUACCGUACGCCCCUCCUCUUGAUUACCCAGCGGAACAAAUUUAUGGUUUUCAGCUUGCCACCUCACCUCCCGUACAUCACCUUCGAGCAUGGCACCCUCUCCUUCCUUGGUAUAUCGAUAUCAAAUCUACUCAACCCAACGGCAUCACGAUCUUCGACUUUUGCAUCCAAUUAUUCGAGCAGUUGCAUAAGCGCAUUGGGGCACAUGAUAUGUUUAAUAUCGAACUGACGGCCAACGAUCGGGAUAGGUUGCAAGAUGCCCAUACGGAGAGAUGUAACGGGAAUAUCUCGGCUCUGAAGAGGGGGAUUCUGCGGGUCGACUUUUUGGGGCGACAAUCUAUAUUCGUCGGCUUGCAAAGGGGCAAGCAUGGACUAUGGGAGAUUAAGACGAGGGAACCUUCUCCUUACGCCAGAGACAACAGUCUCUUUACUGCGACGUAG